UGUAUUCGUAAUUUGAGUGCUUACAGAGCCCCAAAGUCCUUGAAGCGGAAAGGUCCCAAGUCGCGUAGUGCAGCGGUACUUGUAGCUCUUUUUAUUGGAAGAAUGGGAGAUAUAUACGUCCUUCUGAGUCAGCGAGCCACUACACUUCGAACAUAUGCUGGCGAUACGUCCCUUCCAGGUGGCAAGGUAGAAGCCAGGGAUCGUAACAUAGAAGAAACUGCGAGGCGCGAAGCGUUUGAGGAGAUCGGAUUAAGCAUGGAUAGAGAAAAAGUUCCUCUCUUGUGUAUUCUUGAACCAUUCCUCGCGGGCAAUCAAUUAAUAGUCACUCCUAUAGUCGUAUUGGUCCUUGAUAAAACUUUAAGGCCUGUCCUCAACCAAGCGGAAGUCUCAUCCUUAUUUUCACAUCCCUUAAAGUCAUUUCUCAGCACCGAAUCUCCAUUUCCGCUCGAUCCGCAUAUGGAUGAAGUGCCGUACUACACUUACAAUGACAUGCCCUGGUACCGGGGCGAUAGGAAUCGGUCGAUACGGAUGCACCGGUUUCUUACAGGACGAGAGGCUGGUGGGAUCAAGCCUGUUUACGGCCUCACUGCAUCCAUUUUGAUUCGGGUUGCUUCUGUUGGCUUCGCACACCCUCCGGAGUUUGAACUCAGUGCACCAGAUCAACCGAGCAUGACGGAACGCAUCGACUUCGCUUUUCAACAUGAUCCAAAGUUCAUUGAAGCGUUCGAAGAGGAUGACUUAAAUGCGAAAUCAUCAACAUCUGGGAUCGUACGAGAGUUUCUCAAGCGUGCGCCGCGUUUACAGAGGCGGCGGCGACGUGUAACGAGCCAUCUUUAGCUGGCUCUGCAUUCUUUGUGCGGUCAGGAUUCCUCGUUGAUGAAUGCUUACUCUUUCGUAAACGUUUGUCGCAGUUAAUCAAAUAGAAAUUUUCAUUUUAGGGGGCGUCGGAGGUGAGAUCUACUGGCUCACCGUGCUUAACGGCGAUCGACGCGGAAACCUUCCGAGAAUGGAUACGCAAGUCACACUGCGUAAGUGCGUGUACGUUAUAUGAUCACGGAGUCUCGUCCCGUCGAGCGACCGUAUGUGCGAGAUACAAAUUCUGGGAUCGGCAAAAAUCAAAACGAUGGCAUGUAUCGUGAAAUUUCCAGCUCUUAUAAAGUCACGGAUAGCUGGAACAUGCGCGCCUCACCCAUCUUCACUCACUCUCGUUUCCCCCUUCCUCAUCUUAGUUUCCCGUAUAAUUCUCAGUUGCUAAUCCAUUAUGGCUCUUGCCUACGAGCACGAUCUGGAAGGCCCUGUACUCACUACUGACUCUGCAGGAGAGGAUGAAGUCACUACUGGGUCACCUCCUGGUCUUGUAGAGUCGAAUGUUACCCACGAUGGUGCUUUUCAUCGCCAUUUUGGCAUGGAGAGCCACCCUAGUAAUGGUACUCAUGCACUCGCUGGGCUGGAGGGGCCUGCAGAGCACCAUGAGCCAACAACAGUCUCGCAUGUUGCCAUCGACCACUUUGAUCCAGAUGGUGUGAACGAGCUGAAGCGUACCCUAACACGGCAAAGUGCCAAUGUGGGCAUUGCAGGUCCUACUCAGCGUGCAUGCGUGCGAAAGCAGCCUAGCGGAAUUACGCAUUCCUCAUCAGCUAGCACCGUUGUGCAGGAGACGGGUGGACUCUACUCAGAGAAGUUUAAUUUUGAACAGCAUCUGAGGGAUGUCGUACGACAAGAGAAUGAACAUGGCAUUCAACCUCGCGAGCUCGGCGUUGUAUUCCAGAACCUUCGUGUACAAGGCCGCGGAACGACGGCGAGCUUCCAACCAACUGUUGGUUCGCUAUUGAAUCCAUUCUUGGCCGCGGAAAAAAUGAGGAACUUACUUCAUCCCCCCGUACGAGAUAUCAUAUCCGGUUUUGAAGGUGUGGUCAAUCCUGGAGAGAUGCUGCUCGUGCUCGGCCGUCCUGGCUCUGGAUGUUCGACAUUGCUCAAGGCGCUUUCGAAUCAGCACGAUGAGUACCAUAACGUAUCGGGACUGUUGCACUUCUCUUCCUUCACGCCGAAACAAAUACGCAAGCACUUCCGAGGCGACGUAAUCUACUGUCCCGAAGAUGACGUUCACUUCCCAACUCUCACUGUGGGCGAGACGAUUGGCUUUGCCGCGCGUACGCGCAUGCCUAAUAAAGCGACUCGCCUUCCUGGUGUGAGUCGACGUGAGUUUGCCGACAACGUUGUCGAAAUGCUCGGUACAGUCUUCGGUCUCAAACAUGUCAAGAACACGAAAGUCGGGAAUGCCUCGAUACGAGGUGUGAGUGGUGGCGAGCGCAAGCGUGUAUCGAUAGCAGAAGCCCUUGCAACUCGCGCGAAACUGGGCGCGUGGGACAACUCUACACGUGGGCUGGAUUCUUCAACUGCAUUAGAGUUCGUUCGUGCCUUGCGAAUCGCAACAGACAAUUUAGGCCUCACGUCAAUCGUUUCAAUUUACCAAGCGUCGGAGCUGCUGUAUGAUCUCUUUGACAAGGUUUGUGUCAUCAAUGAGGGACGGAUGGUUUACUUUGGACCUGCAAGGGAGGCACGACAGUAUUUCAUAGAUCAAGGAUGGGAGCCUGCGAAUAGGCAGACAACUGCAGAUUUCCUUGUCGCUGUAACCGAUCCGGGUGGGAGGACAGCGCGUGAGGGAUACGAGUUACGCAUCCCACGCACGGCUGACGAGAUGGUCGCUGCUUUCCAGCACCAUCCACUUGCAGAGCGAAAUCGGCGGGAGAUCGCGGCAUUCCUAGCCUCAAAUGUCCUUCUUGACUCCAGUGACUCAGGACAUGAAACCCUCGACUUGAAAAGGUUUUCAAGCAUUUCGCCAGUGUCGAAGGAAGAUAAAGAGAUUAAACGCAUGUCAUACAUACAUUCCGCCCGAGCCGAACGAGCCAAGUUUUCGUUACCUGAGAGUCCAUACACUAUCAGCAUUGCGAGUCAAGUGCGCGAGGUGAUUAUACGAAGAGUGCAAAUCCUCCGUGGCGACUGGUUCACGCAGGUUCUCACAGUUGGAUCGUAUGUGUUCGAAGGAAUAAUCAUUGGCACACUUUUCUUCAAGCUCGAAGUCUCGACGAGUGCAUAUUUCUCGCGUGGUGGUGUGCUUUUCUUCGCCAUCCUCUUCGGUGCAUUUUCAAGUAUGGCAGAGAUUCCUGCGUUGUAUGCACAACGACCCAUCGUUCAUCGACACGAGAAGGCCGCGAUGUAUCACCCGUUCACAGAAGCGAUCGCAUUGACUCUCGUCGAUAUACCGAUCUCUUUGUUCACACUCCUCCUUUUCUCGCUUGUCCUUUACUUUCUUGUCAGGCUCCAACGGUCUGCGAGUCAAUUCUUUAUUUUUUACCUUCUGGUUGUCAUUGUUACGUUGACAAUGAAGGCAUUCUUCCGUACGCUCGCUGCGGCAUUUAAGAGGGAGUCAGGCGCUCAGGCUCUUGCUGGCGUCGCUAUGAUGGCUCUUGUUCUCUAUACCGGUUAUACAAUUCCGAAACCGUCGAUGAUUGGUGCUCUGAGGUGGAUCACUUACAUUAGUCCGGUCCGCUAUGGCUUCGAAGCAAUUUUGACGAACGAAUUUUUCACACUAAAUGGGACGUGUGCUACGCUUGUGCCGAGUGGUCCUGGAUACGAGAAUGUCUCACUUGCCAAUCAGGUGUGCACAACUGUUGGAUCUAUCCAGGGUCAACAGACUGUCGAUGGCAAUCGCUUCGUACAACUUUCGUACGGUUAUUCGCGUUCGAAGCUCUGGAUGAACUUCGGAAUUGAAAUCGCGUUCUAUGUGGGCUUCCUCGUAUUCCUCCUACUCUUCACUGAGCUCAAUACCUCGAGCGCUGCGGAUACCGCUAUGACUUUGUUUAAGCGUGGGGCGAAAGCAUUGGUCGGAGUCGAGGCCAGCGGCGAGCCGACAGAUGAGGAAAAAGGCCCCGCUCGUGGCCCCGCAGCGGCAAAGAGUGAAAACUCGUGGAAGGUCGAAAUUACACCGGAGUCGACGCCAAAGAUGACGGAUAUCUUCUCGUGGCGAAAUUUGCAAUAUACUGUUCCUAUAGGCAAGGGUGAGACGCGGCGUCUGCUGGAUGACGUCUCGGGUUAUGUUGUCCCUGGAAAAUUGACUGCACUUAUGGGUGAAUCUGGAGCAGGCAAGACAACCCUUCUGAAUGUUCUCGCUGGACGCACAGAUACGGGUGUAAUAUUGGGCGAUCGUUUCGUCAACGGCCAAGGUCUACCGCAUGACUUCCAAGCACAAACCGGCUAUUGUCAACAAAUGGAUACGCAUCUGCCAGAGGCGACCGUUCGCGAGGCACUCUUAUUUUCUGCAAUGCUGAGACAACCGCGUUCAAUUCCUCUUGAGGAAAAGGAAGCAUAUGUCGAUACUUGCUUAAAGAUGUGCGGGUUAGAGGCUUUUGCUGAUGCCAUUGUUGGUACGUUGAACGUCGAGUUCAAGAAGCGGACAACGAUCGGAGUAGAACUUGCCGCGAAGCCGAAGCUUUUGCUCUUCUUGGACGAGCCAACCAGUGGUCUGGAUAGUCAGUCAGCCUGGGCGAUCAUGGCGUUUUUGCGCAAUCUGGCAGACAACGGACAGGCGAUUCUUUGCACCAUCCAUCAGCCUUCGAGCGAAUUGUUCCAAGUCUUCGACCGCUUAUUGCUUCUUCGCAAAGGGGGACAAAUGGUGUACUUUGGGGAUCUCGGGGACAACUGCUCAACGUUGAUCGACUAUUUUGAGAGAAACGGUGCACGCAAGUGUGGACCGCAGGAGAAUCCAGCCGAAUGGAUGCUCGAUGUAAUUGGAGCUGGCGCGACGGCAACUACUACGAUAGACUGGCAUGAAGCUUGGAACAAUUCGGUAGAAGCUGCCAAAUUCAAAGUUCACCUGGAGGAAAUGCAUGAAGAAGGCCGAAAGAAACCACCAGUCCAAGCAACACAGAAAUCGGAGUUCGCCACACCUUGGGGUUAUCAACUUUACGUACUCUUAAUGCGUGCCUUCCAAGCUUACUGGCGCAACCCAACUUAUAUCAUGGCAAAGCAGUUCUUGAACAUCGCUGCUGGUCUUUUCCUUGGGUUUACAUUCUUCAAGGCUGAUGAUUCGAUCCAAGGCACCCAGAACAAGCUUUUCGCAAUCUUCAUGUCGACUCUCCUUGCUGUGGCACAUGCUAACACAAUCCAAGUGGCCUUCAUUGAUUUUCGGAACAUAUAUGAAGUGCGCGAGCGCCCAAGUAGAAUGUACAGCUGGACGGCACUCGUGACAACUCAGCUUCUGGUUGAGUUACCAUGGAAUAUAUUCGGCUCUACUUUGUUCUUCCUUUGCUGGUACUGGACGGUUGGAUUUGAGUCGAGUCGAGCAGGGUAUACGUACUUAAUGUUUUGCGUCGUCUUUCCACUCUAUUAUACGACACUUGCACACGCCGUUGCAGCAACAGCACCAAAUGCUGUAAUUGGCGCCGUGCUUUUCACGGCUCUGUUCUCUUUCGUAAUAGCAUUCAAUGGCGUAUUACAACCCUUUGCUCAAUUAGGUUGGUGGAAGUGGAUGUACCACCUUUCUCCGUAUACGUACCUUGUCGAAGGACUUCUUGGGCAAGCGAUUGGGAAAAUGGAGAUAAAUUGCUCCCCUAUCGAGCUUGUACCGAUAAGCCCACCCGACGGUCAGACUUGCGCGCAAUAUAUGAAUGCCUUUAUUUCCUUCGCUGGUGGAUACUUGACCAACCCUAAUGCAACGAGUAGUUGUCAGUUCUGUGCUUUCCGUACAACGGAUCAGUUUAUGGCGGCCUCAUUCAACAUGUUCUAUUCGCACCGUUGGCGCGACUUUGGGUUACUGAUGACUUACAUCGCCUUUAAUACCGUCAUGAUUUAUGUGUUUACAUACGUCUUCCGUAUUCGCUCGUGGCGCUAGGCUACUUUCUCUCCUUCCUCCUCUGCAUUCGUUACUUUACGCCUUUGAGCUCUUCUUCGCACAAUAAUAAUACCUGACAUGGACCCAAGAAUCCGUAUGAAUGUUUUGGCACUCGUGAUCCGCGUUUUAGGUUGUAAAUUUCUUAGACAUGUGUAGUUUCGGC